AUGAUUCAUGUUUCUUUUUUCAAUAAAAAUGUUAAAAAAUUUGUCAACAAGUUCAUGUUUGGUCAUUUUCUGAAAUCAAAUUUUAGUUUAAAAUAUCGUCGAUUAUACAUGAAUCAUAGCAUUACAAUGAUUUCUAAUUUUUGCUUUCUUUUGCCAAAUAAUAAUAAUAAUAAUAAUAAUGAUAAUAAUAAUAAUAAUAAUAAUAAUAAUAAUAAUAAUAAUAAUAAUAAUAAUAAUAAUAAUAAUAAUAAUAAUAAUAAUAAUAAUAAUAAUAGUAUAAUUACUAUAAUAAUAAUAAUAAUAGUAUUAUUAUUAUAA